AUGGGCACCACGCGCUGUUUGGGUAUAAAUUUGGCAAUGAAGAUGAUGCACAAGUUCUUUGCUGAGGUUUUCCGGCGGUGGAAUAUUGUAAUCGUGAAUAUGACCCGCCCUUGGGAUAGCAGCAAGAAGACUUCUUUGUUCGCAUCACAUCUCGGUCAAUUCAAAUCUAUGAUAAGCCAACUUAACAUCUGGUCAGCUAAGCUUGUGUCUUGA